CUUUCACAAACCUCAACAUAUAUUUGAUAAAUUAGUUCUUUGUUUGAUACUUUUGAAAAAAUGUUUAAAAACGUUUUCUACUUUGGAUUAUUUAGUAUUUCAAUAAUUUUAUGUAUUUCUGAAAAAAUUACAUCAAAUGAAUCACAAUCAUUUGAACUGUUAGAAUUACAUAAUUAUGAAGAAAAUGACGGGAAAAUUAGGACCUACAAGUCUCAUGUUGAAAUACUUCUUCAAGAUCUUGGAGCAAUUUUAGGAUCGAGUAAUAAAACUCACUUUAUUGGAAAAUCAUUUUCAGAAGUACUAAAUUUGUUUAAAGAAAAAGUUCACAUACUUUUCCCAGGAACUCAUUGGUGUGGACCGGGUAAUGCAGCUUCAGAUUUCGACGACCUUGGUUUAUUCAAUAAAACUGAUAGUUGCUGUCGAACACACGAUAAUUGUCCAGAUGAUAUUCUCGCUGGAGAAUCAUUAGGGCCUUUAAUAAAUGACGGAAUAUUUACCAGAUCGUCGUGUUCCUGUGAUCAAGAGUUUUUUCAUUGUUUGAAAAAAGUCAAAAGUCUGGUCUCUACAAGCAUCGGUGAUACAUAUUUCAAUAUAUUGGGACCGCAAUGUUUUUCAUUGGAUUAUCCAAUUCAAUCAUGUGUAAAAUAUCAGAAAAUUAUCGGGAAGAUCAGAAAGAAAUGUAUUAAAUAUGAUUUAGAUGAAUCUAAACCAAAAGAGCUACAAUGGUUUGAUAAUCGUUAUUUUUGAAGAAGCUAUCAGUCACACUCAUGCUUCCAAACUACUCAAUCAAUGGAUUUUGUCAAUAAUUUUAAAUAAUAUUGACAAUAAAAAUAUGAACCAUUUGUGUUAUCAAACUAUCUAUCGUAGCGUAUGGCACAUAACCUAGAACGUAAAAUGUAAAAUAAUUAAUGACCAUAUUUAUCAUCUGUAUCAAUAAAUAACGAUUGUAAUGUUGACAAAAGCUAAAAUAAAUAUUAUGAUCUACUAAGUUA